CGUUUACCGUUUCCGAAGGGAGACACAGUUGCAGCAGAUUCUCCGGCCUGGCAGGGUCGAGCGGUGUGAAUUUUCGAAUUUUACGUGCGUAAUCGGAAAGCUUUCGUCGAGUACGGACGUGUCGGAGCGGAGCCGUGUGCGUACGGGUUUUUCCUUUUUCCCAUUCUCUCGCUGUGCCGUGUACGUGUGAUUCGUCGUGCGCGAUUUUGCGUUUAGUCUCCAGUGCAGCUGGAAAGCGAUUAUUUGGCGUGCCGUGUGAAAUACAGUUUUUGUUGCCGGGUGGUAGCUCAAUCGCUAGCGAAUUAUACGGUAGUAUUGACGCACGGCAGAUUGAUUUUGCAAAAAGAGGGUAGUAAAAAGAAGUGAGAAUCAAAAACCACCCACCGGGAAGAAGGAUAUGCAAAAAUUGAGUGCGUGAAGUGUGCCCGCAAAAAAGGCGAAAAUUCAAGCUACAGUGUGUGAUAUCGGUUUAAUUAUCAGCGAAAAGUAUUUUUCCCGUCGGCGUCCGGUCCCACGUUUACUGUGACCGAGUGUUUUCCGUUCCGCGUGUGUAGCGUUUUGUGUGUCCCCUGUGUGCUUAUAUAUAUGUGUGUUUGCGUGUGCAACUUGGGGCGAAAAAGGGGUGAAAGCGGAUGGAAGGGUUGCCCACCAAAUUUGGGUGCGUGUGACAGUGUGUUCUGUUUGUUCGGUUUGUUUGUUGAGUAAAUGAAGUGUACGCCACGGGCUAAAAAAAGGAGCGAAAGUGCGCAUUUGUGAAUGUGUGAUUGUGUGUGUGCUCAUAUGUGUUUCAAGAGUGACGAAUGCAAAAUGCACUGGCAACGAGUGCGUUAGGUGCAACAGCGGGUUGUAGUUUUAUUUUUUAAUUUAAUUUUUCCCCCCUCAUUCCCUCGCUGCAAUUGGAUGCAUGCCACUGCAAAUUGGAUCGGCCGCGAUUGAAGGGAGAAGUGUGCAAUACUACUGCUGCUACUACUACUAGUAGUACUACCACGACUACUAUUGCUAGUACUGUAGUGUCCAGUUGCACAUGUUAAGCAGUGCUAAAUUGUAGCGCUUUUUUUGCGGAUGGAUAGCAACAUGUGGAUGGAGAGAUGAAAGAUUAAUAACGAGCGUGAAAAAAAGAGCUUUCCGCGUGUGCAACACUAACGAGUGUGGAAAAAGGGCAGUUAAGCAGAUCAAUUAUCGGCGGAUGCAACGGAUUGGAGCGCUCAUGUGUAAGCGGAAUUGUUCCGACCGAGUGCGGUGAUUGGAAGGGGAAAGGUGCGAGAUUAUUGUGCAUACAUUGCAUACGCCUACGGGGCUGGUGCGCGCUCGCCGGAAGCUCAGCGUAUUUCCUCGAUGUUUGUAGAACCUGUGUGAUAAAACGACGUGUGUGUGUGCAAGUGCUUCUGUGCUGGCUGGAUCCAUAUCAGGAGCGGAAGCCAUUUUUGCCGCCCUGUCGGUGUUUGUCCCUCAUCCACCUAACAUUUACCAUAACAGCGGAUAAGCAGCGCUGUACAGCUUUGGGCGCAGUGUGAGCAGCAGCAGCAGCAGCACGGGGCGGACUUUGUGGACGCAACCUAGACCCCAAAACGUUUUGCAAACUGGAACCAUAUGACGUAAGCACGAUGUACGCGUACGCGCAGGGUGGAUCGCAAGGUCCGCCACACUACGCUACACCGGGCAACGCGUACCUGGCCGGACCGCACCAUCACCAUCCGUACCCGGCCUACCAUCACGGUGGCUCGCCGACGCCGCCUUCCACCAUCACCUCGUUCAACAACGUACCUGGACCGUCGACGCUGCUCGGCCACCACUAUGCCUCGCCGCACCAUAUGCCACCGCCACCGCCCCCACCGUUGCCGAGCGCGGCGGCCAGUGCGGUGGCGGCCGCCGGUGUGGCCGCCGUCUCGCACAACCACCAGGCGGCGGCAGCGGCGGCUGCGGCGGCCGCAGCCGUAGCGGCCGGCGUUUUGCCGAUGCAAACCGACACGCAGCUAACCGAGCUGGCGCCCUCACUGGGCGGAAUCACCAAACGAAGAAGGUCUGAUGAGGAUACAUCCAGUGGUAACAAAUACAACAGAAUGGACGAAGACAACGUGCAGGACAAGGAGCGCUUCGCCAGUAGAGAAAACCAUUGCGAGAUCGAGCGGCGGAGGCGAAACAAAAUGACUGCCUACAUCACGGAGCUGUCGGACAUGGUGCCGACCUGCAGUGCCCUCGCGCGGAAACCGGACAAGCUGACGAUCCUGCGGAUGGCCGUCGCGCACAUGAAGGCAUUAAGAGGAACCGGCAAUACCAACACGGAUGGGUCGUACAAACCCUCCUUUCUUACCGAUCAGGAGCUGAAACACCUGAUACUGGAAGCCGCAGAUGGAUUUCUGUUUGUGGCGGGCUGUGAUACAGGACGCAUCAUUUACGUGUCCGACUCGGUGACACCGGUGCUGAACUACUCCCAGAACGAAUGGUACAGCGGGAGCCUUUUCGACCACAUCCACCCGGACGACAUCGAGAAGGUGCGGGAGCAGCUAUCGACGCAGGAACCGGUCAACAGCGGACGGAUACUGGACCUCAAGACUGGCACAGUCAAAAAGGAGGGCCAUCAGUCAUCGAUGAGAUUAUGCAUGGGCUCGCGGCGGGGGUUUAUCUGCCGGAUGCGAAUCGGACCACUGACACCGGAAUCGAUGGCACUGGGCCAUCUCAACCGGCUGCGAAGGAAAAACUCGCUCGGACCGUCGACCGACGGUCACAGCUACGCGGUAAUGCACUGCACCGGGUACAUUAAAAACUGGCCACCGACCGAUAUGUUUCCAGGGGUGACGAUCGACCGGGGGCAGGACGACGAGCUGCACAACACGCACUGCUGUCUGGUGGCGAUCGCGCGACUCCAGAUCACCUCCUCCACCACGGCGAACGAUCUGAGCGCGAACAAUCCGAACGAGUUCAUCUCGCGCCACGCCAUGUGCGGCAAGUUUACGUUCGUCGACCAGCGGGUAAUCGGUGUGCUUGGGUAUCAGCCGGUCGAUCUGCUCAACAAAAGCUGCUACGAUUUCUUCCACCCGGACGACAUUGCUCAUAUGAAGGAAAACUUUGACCAAGUGCUGAAGCAAAAGGGCCAAAUGUUCUCGGUCAUGUACCGGUUCCGGGCGAAGAACAAGGAGUGGGUUUGGAUGAGAACGCAGGCGUACGCCUUCCUCAACCCGUACACGGACGACAUCGAGUACGUGGUGUGCACGAACAGUUCGGCAAAGGCACUACAUUCAUCGCACGACACGGUAACGGCACCGGAGCAAACGGACACACCGGUCGCGUCGUAUCCGGCGCCCGGGCUGGACUACACGCUGCCCGGCCGAAGGGACACGACACCAUCGAGCAAUAUCUACAAUCCUCACAAUCUGAUUUCACACUUGCCAUCGCAGCCGCAGACAGCAGCGCAGGCGGCCGCCGCUAGCAGUAUUCAACGGCCGGAAAGUGCACACAACCCGGUGCAGUACAGCUACAAUCCGACCCCAUCGCCAAUACAAUACGGUUCACCGGGAACGCCUAGCGGUGGUGCGGCGGGUUCGUUGGGGCAUCUCCCCAAAACUAACAAUACCUCGCCAACGCCGGCAGCCACUGCGUGGACCCUGCGACAGCCACAACCCGUCACCGAAGGUUACCAGUACAGUGAACUAAGUCCGAACCGGUCACCGACCGGACCAACCUACACCCAGCUUAACGCAUCCCGUCAAACGUCCACCUUUACGCCGUCUUCGCAAGCCGGUCCGGGUAUCUGGAGUGGUUGGCAGUCACAUCAUCACGGCACCGGUCCGGAACCGAUGCAAACGGGCGGUUCGGGCGGUACAACCAACGGGCCCGGCUCAUCACACACCUCCGUGGGGCUGGGGCAAGAGAUGGCCACGGAUAACGCCCAACAGCAGCAACACAUGCAGCAGCAGCAGCAGCAACAUCCAGCCCUCCACGGGACCGCUGGUGGUGGCGGUACUGGAACCGGAACUGCCGGCGGCGGCGGUGGUGGUGGUGGUGGCGGUGGUGCACCACAUCACGUUCCGCCCCAUCCGCAGCAUCCACACGCGCACCAUCCGGUGCAGCAUCCGCACCAUCCGCACCAUCACCACCAUCACCAUCCGGGGCAGAUCCACCCGGGGCAUCAUCCGGUCGUCGGGCAGCACCCAGGCCAGGGGCACGAGCUAACCGAUAUGCUGCAGAUGCUCGACCAGAGCGGGACCACCUCGUUCGAGGAUCUAAACAUACACAUGUUUAACACACCGUUCGAAUGAAACCUGCUCUACUACGGUGGCUACAAUGGGUACGAGUCGGCGGCCAGUGUUGUCGGGCAGGGAAGCUGCUACGGGAUCGGUACGAGCGGACCGGCCGCUGCCUCCUACUCGGCCUCGUCUGGCUCCGGUAGCAGCAAUAGCAAUCAUCACCACCACCACCAACACAACAGCACCUCCGCUGCGUCCGUUAUGGCGGUAGCUGCAGCAGCCGCCGCAGCCGCCGCAGCCAUAUCAUCUUCAACCACCACUGCACCACCGUUACGGCCCGAACCGAUGGCCACUGAUGCUGGCGGUAUUGGUGGCGGCUUCAAUGCGCUCCACGGGUACGGCGGCAUGAUGGUGCAUGAACAUAUGUAAAUAUAAGCAGCGAAGAGGAGAACGGUUUCCUCCCUCCAACCAACCCCGUUUUGAUAUGGUUCUUUAUUCCAACCAAAUAGCCAACCAAGCCAGCCCAAGGUUUAGCUGAAAAUCACCCUAUACACACACAAAGCGAAGAAUCGUUUCAUGCAUUUUGUGUUGUAAAGCUUUCCCCGUUUUCCACCUCCCUCUUGUGUAGAAUUAUGAGGCCAAUUUAAGUAAGGAAGAAAAUUAGAAAAGCUAGCUUGCUACUGGUAGGUGCUAAUGGCAAAUGCUAGUUUUGAUUUGCUUGUGACAAAGCAGGUUAUUCCCUCCCCUAGAUCCUUUUAGGUUUUAAAUAUUAUUACUUUUGUUUUGCUUUAGAGAGCGAAUUUAGCAAAAUCCGUUGCGUUUUUUGCGAUCCGAUUUUAAUGCAAAACCAACUCCCCCUGGAAACAGCUAUUUUCGCAGCAGCAGCAGCUACUCCUAAACUAUGCGAAAUGGUGGUGUACUACCUAGCUGUACUUAGCUCGGCUCCAGGCAAAUCUUAACUUAUUUAUCCAGCGAAUGCGGUGGUGCGGUUAAAAAACGCCGACCAUCGGCAUUGGAUCGUGCGCUACCAGCGUCACUCCGUAGUUAGUUACUUCAGUUGAUAAGUAUAGGACAGUUUACAUUUUUUUAAAAGCAAACAACACUCGCUGAAAGCAAUUUAUCUUUGAAAGCAUUGAACCGUGUUUUUCCCCCCAUUUGUUUUACUGUAACACACAAAAGUUGCCGCGAAAAACUCUUUGUCCGAAGAGUCGUGUUUUGAGUUUGGGGUUUCCUUUUCGCAAAACAAAAAAUCAUCAUUCACUUGUAUAAAGGAGGAAUUUAUCAUGAAACAGGAUAAUGAAAAGUGCGUGUGCAAAGCGUUGUAGUAGUAGUACAGUAGAAAAAAGAGUCAGAAGUGAUUGGAGGAAUGGAAAGGAAUACUCGGAUACAGAGACACGCCGAACAAGCAGAAAACAAUAUUGUAAAGUAACUCGAUACUCACGCGCGGAUGAGACAGACAGACACACCAGAGAUGAUGGGCAAAGGUAGGUCGGUAGGUGUGCAGAUAGCGAAAAAGCGAAAACACAGCUCUAAACGUAAUUUAAAUAAUCUUUUGAACACUAAUUUAAAGUAGAUAAGUAAGUAAAAAUGUAGUACGUGCGUGCAGCAAGGGAGAAGGGUAAACGCAGACCCUUCCCUUUCUCUCGUUUAUGGUGCGAUAAGGAUAAGAAAAUGCGGUGAGCGUAUUCAAUGAAAAGAGGAGGCAUCACAUCAGGAGGCCAAACAGAAUUAUUUUAGUUUCAUUUUCCACUGCACAAAACAUCCAUACCACACGAAUCAAUGAAUCAGUUGACAGCAGUAAUUAAUUCAUCGAAUGGGGGUACAUCACAUCUCUUUCUUCCGCUACACUUACUUGCUUCCGUUUGUUUAACUAAAUAAUAAUCGGAAAAGUGCCCUACCAUGUGGAGAACAAACGCAUGUAAACGCACGUAUUAAGUUCUUUCACACGAAAGCUGAGUCAUCAUGUCGGACAUAGUUCGAACAACAAGCGCGGGUAUAGUCUUCGUUUUUCUCCCCCUUUUAUAACGACUCUACUUUUUAGUCGAUUGUUUUCCACAAUAUCGAUGAUAUACAACCAACUUCCAAAGUCGCUUGGAUUCCAAUUUUGUGUAAGCUUAGAAAAACCAUUUUCCCGUUUUUUCUGUUCAUUUCCACCCAUGUGUAACUCAUUGUAAAAAGGAAAAGUAAGGAAAGAGAAUAGUAUUAAACGAAACGAAACGUAAAAUCGGUACUGCACUAUGGGAAAUGAAUCAUAUUUCUUUCUUCAGCAGCCCUAAAAUAUCAGUUACGAUAGACAAACAGAAAGAGCGGCAACAAACAAACAAAAACGAAAGUUAAAAUUCUGGUAAAAUGAAUCGCGUGUUGUUAAACUAUCAUGAACAGUGAGCAGCUUGUUUGGUUUAUGUAAAAAAAUGAAGCGAAAACUACAAAAUUGUUUAGCCGAUAGGUUUAGUAAAGAAAUGUCGUAACAAGAGGAAGAACGAAAGCAUAAAACAACACAGUAAAAAAACAUCCAUGCACGAAUGAAAACGAAAACAAAAAAGGAUUACAAAAUCAACAAAACUGUUGUGUGGUUUCUAAAAGCAAAAAACAACUAAAUUAAACAAAGGAGAACAAUGCACGCUGCUAAUACUAUUCGCAACAACUUCCCUCCCAGCCCACAGAGUCAGUAAAGGAGUGGUAGAAAGUGAAAGAAAGAAAGCGAAAAGAGAAUUAGAUUAAAUUACAGAAGCAAAACGCGACUAGGAGCUAGGAGUAGAAGUGUAUUGGGGCAUGGUGUAGCGAACGAGAGAAUGAAUGGAACGAAUUAUGCACAUAUUACGGCAGAUGCUAAUGCGUGGAAAUAUAAAUAUAUAUAUA